UCUGUUCAGAAAUCCAGAUAACAAGGAGUAUUUGGCCACACAGUUUUGGCCAGGACAUCAGAGGCAUCAGAACAGGUGAAUAAAGAAGAUGCUAAUGUUUGACCCAGUCCCUAUCAAGCAGGAAGCCAUGGAGCCUGUUUCAGUGUCAUACCCAUCCAAUUACAUGGACCAAAUGAAGCCAAACAAAUACAGCGUCAUUUAUUCUACACCGAGUAUGCUGCACAAUAAAUUCUACUCGAGCCCUGAAGGACUAUCAAAUGGAAUCCAGAUGGAGCCAGUAGACCUUACGGUGAACAAACGGAGCUCACCACCUUCAACUGGAAGUUCUCCUUCCCCCCUAAAAUUUCAGACUGUGCACAGGAGAACUUCACCUGGAUUGACUCUGUCCUCACCCAGCUCACCUCUCAGUAAAUUCACACCAUCACCCCCAGGAGUACAGCCUAUUUCCAUGCCAAUAACAAUCCCACCUGUAAUGGCCGCUGCUCUUUCACGCCACGGGCUGAGAAGCCCUGGAAUACUCCCAGUUAUACAGCCUGUUGUGGUCCAGCCGGUUCCUUUUAUGUAUGCUCCCCAUCUUCAGCAGCCCAUCAUGGUGUCCACAGUUCUUCCAGAUGAGAUGGAAACUCCAAGUAGCAUGCAAGUGCCUGUCAUUGAGUCUUACGAGAAGCCUGCCCUGAAGAAAACAAUCAAAGUAGAGCCAGGAAGUGAACCACCGAAGACUGAUUUCUAUCCUGAACAAAUGUCACCUCCAGUGAUGACCUCAUUGUCUCCCCAGCAAGUAAUGUUGCAAGAGAAUCACCCUUCAGUUAUAGUUCAGCCAGGAAAGAGACCUUUACCUGUAGAAUCUCCAGACACGCAAAGAAAACGCAGAAUACAUCGAUGUGAUUAUGAAGGCUGCAACAAAGUCUACACUAAAAGCUCCCAUCUGAAAGCUCACAGAAGAACACAUACAGGUGAAAAGCCCUACAAAUGCACUUGGGAGGGAUGCACGUGGAAGUUUGCUCGUUCUGAUGAACUAACGCGGCAUUUCCGCAAGCAUACAGGAAUCAAACCUUUCCAGUGCCCAGACUGUGACCGUAGCUUUUCACGUUCAGACCAUCUUGCUCUUCACAGAAAACGCCAUAUGCUAGUCUGAAUGUCUUCUGUCUCUGACUUCUGUCACACCUGUUGUUUUUUUUUUUACACAUGCAUUUUAAUUUAGAUUCAGCUGGUCUGAAUCUCUGAGUUUAUACCAUUAAAAGCUUACGUAUGGUCAGUAACAGAUGCUAUCUAACCCUUCUGUGUCCUUGCCACGGGUCAGACCUAAAGAAUGUGAACUUUUUUUUUUUUUUUGGGAAUGCUAAGCAAACCCUUUCUGCAGACGGUGUGUUUAAUGUAUUCCAUUGUGAAUAAGGGAGGUCGUAAACUAACAGGUUUUGUUGGUUUCUUCAUAUAAUCAACCCAGUAUAUACUGAAGAAGUAGUAAAUGUUAUUGAAUAUCCAAAA